GUUGAAUAUUUCUUUGUUUGGUGUGAUUAAUAGUAAUUAUGAUACGAAUCUUAUUUUGAAACGGUGAAACUACGCGUGUCGCAUCGAAAUUAAUUUAGACCAGCAACUGUCAAACACAAAUGCCACUCAUUGUUCAAAUUUAUGUCAAAAUUGGUGCAAAAUGUUUUCCGCUGCUCUUAGAAUCACCGUAUUACCGUUGACCAAAGGACGGCUUAGCAGCCAUGUCUUACCAGCAAUUGGAACGACAUCAGCCAGAUUUUCUGGAAAAGCUCCUGGCUGCUUGAGUAAAUCCAAUAAAUCCAAAUCCUCCGGAUCCCAGAAUAAACCCAGAAUAGCAGUUAUCGGAGCUUGCGGAGGGAUUGGUCAACCUCUGGCGUUGCUAUUGAAGCUGAAUCCCAGCAUUGGAGAGUUGAUACUUGUUGAUAAGGACAACAUGGCAGGCGUGGCAGCAGACCUAUCCCACAUAGAAACCCCAGCCAAGGUCAGUCACUUCACCACGCAAAAUCCUGGUGACGCUCUCAAAGGCGGUGUCGACAUUAUAGUGCUUCCUGCAGGAGUACCAAGAAAACCUGGCAUGAAACGUUCAGAUCUAUUCGUGUCCAACGCUAAAGUAGUUUACGAUACUGCAAAGGCUAUGGGAGAACAUUCACCCGAUUCGAUUUUAUUGAUAAUAACUAAUCCGGUCAAUUCUGUCGUACCGGUAGCGUGUGAAGUGCUCAAGAACCAAGGCAAGUUGAACCCCAAGAAAAUUUUCGGAGCGUCUACUUUGGAUUCGGUGAGGGCAGCAACGUUUAUUGGAGAAAUUACUAACACUGAUCCCAGAGAAGUCGUUGUGCCGCUUAUUGGAGGUCAUUCUGGGACGACUAUCAUACCUUUGUUGUCCAGAUCUCAUCCAUCAGUGACCCUGGAAGGGGAAAAACGAGACGAGUUUGUGAAGAAACUGCAAAACGCUGGCACUGCAGUUGUCCAAGCUAAAGCUGGAAAAGGGUCUGCUACUUUGGCAAUGGCUUAUGCUGGUUCAAGGCUGUGUUUUGGUAUUAUUCGAGCUAUGCAAGGAGAAUCAAAUGUUGUUGAAUCAGCUUAUGUUGUCAGUGACAUCUACCCCGAACUUAAAUACUUGGCUACGCCGUUAUUGUUGGGUAAAAAUGGGAUCGAGAAAAAUUUGGGAUUGGGCAAAAUGAACGAUUAUGAGACAGACUUGUUCUGUAAAGCCGUUCCACAAAUGAAAAAAGAUGUCGCAUUGGGAGAGAAAUACGUGAAAGAGCAAGGUGGAGGAAAAUCGAUAUGCUAAAGUUUCUAAUCUUUUUUUGUUUUGUUUUGUAAAUUCCCUGUUUGAGAAACUUGCUAAUAAAAUUUGUCAAAAGUG